UUAGUUUCCCUUGAUCCACUCUACAGUCUGCCUGCCCUAACUGGUGGAGUAGAAGUGUAAUAGAUAAGAUUGCGAUUGAUUGCUUGGACAAUCGUCGAUCAAUUCACAGAGAGAGAUGGUGGGACCAACGAGGCCAUUGUUCAUGCUGUUUGGAUCAUCUAUAGUUCAAUUGAGCUUCAGUAAUGGCGGUUGGGCUGCCAUCCUCUCCGAUAUCUAUGCCCGCAAAGUUUGUCAAUUUCAUACCAUUUCCUCUUUCACUCGCCUUCUGACAAAGCUUAAUUGACAGUUACUACAUUUUUGUGAUUUUGCAUUUCGUGUGAGCUGUUCCAAUUAAUUUGCCAGAAUCAAUCUAUGAACGUCGCAAUAUGUUGCUGUGAACGUGAUCAUGACAUUUAUCUAAUUUCGCACUGCUAUGUUUGGAGGGGGAAAAAAUUCAAUCAUUCAAGCUUUUGGAGAAUUCAAUUCCAUUUAGAUCAUUAAAUGUAGUAUGUGGAAAGCGGUAUUUUACUAGUUCAAUUUCAUCUCCACUGUGGCAGUGGAAAUGAAGGCUGAUAUAAUUAGCAGAGGUUACUAUGGUUGGAAUUCAAGACGAGCUCUCCAAAUCCUUGAUCAAGUUUUCCCAAAGGAUGCUGAAAUUCAGCCGGAGUUGGUGAUUGUGUAUUUUGGUGGCAAUGAUUCCACGGGACCUCAUUCAUCUGGACGAGGUCCUCACGUCCCUCUUCCAGAAUACAUUGAGAACAUGAAGAAAAUCGGAACCCAUCUCAAGAAUCUAUCAGACAAGACUCGCGUAAUAUUUCUGAGUUGUCCUCCUGUCGAUGAAGCCAAGAUUCGUAACAACAGUUCCUUUUUCAGUGAGCUAGUCCGGACAAAUGAGCUAUGUCGAACAUAUUCUGAAGCUUGUAUGGAGCUGUGCCAGGAGUUGGGCGUAAAGGCAAUCGAUCUAUAUACUGCAUUCCAGAAACGAGAAGAUUGGCUAGAUGCUUGCUUCAUAAAGGAUGGAGUUCACCUGUCCGAGGAGGGCAGUAAGAUGGUCGCGGAGGAAAUACUGAAGGUGCUCAGGGAAGCUGAGUGGGAGCCUAGUCUACAUUGGAGAUCAAUGGCUACUGAGUUUCCGGAGGACUCGCCUUACGAUCUCGUUGCUGCUGAUGGAAAAAGAACCUUGAAUCCCUCCGAAUGGACUUACCACAGAGAAAUCCAAUGGGAGUGAGCCUUGGUCACACUUCUAGGAUCAUUAUUGUGUGUGUGUUCAAAUAUGCAUCAACCUUCAAGAUGGAGGUAAGUGAUGCCUCUCAUUGUGAUGGAGAAUUAUAGGGUCAAUUCUUUGAGAUUGAAACAGUUGCAUCUGAUAAAUGUGUGUUUAAUGUCAGAAAUAUUCUGUUGCUAGAUGUAUUAGAUUGGUGUAAUCAUUUAAACGACUCAAUUAUAACACUCUUUUCAA